AUGAAGCAAAGUCUUGUUCAGUUACGGUUUCGCAAGUUUUGUAUAUUACCAAUUGGUAAACUUUAUGGAAAUUAUAGACUUUUAUCACUGAGUUUGGAAUAUCGAUCAGUGAUUCGUUCUACGCGCUUACUACUCUAUAAUAAUGAUUUGGACGAAACACUUAAAACAUAUGAACUCAUAUGGUCACUGGUGGAAAUCAUCUUUAUGAAGUCGCACGAUUCAUCGAUAGUGAUAGAUUUAAUAACUUGGGCGCGGUUGUGUUUCCCAUUUACUUAUUAUGUGGAUGAAAUAUCUCCGUGCUUGAGACAAAGUAAAAUCAGAUCACUUGAUAAAAGAAUUUUUUGGCAACAAAUCGCAUAUUUUCUGUUAAGUGGUUUAUUCAAAAAUGCCAUCACAAUGUUAGAGACUUAUGGCCAAAUUGCUGAUGAUGAAGCUGUGAGAAAGUUGGCUGAUGAAAUACGCGAUUUAUGUAUGGAAAAAUAUUUUGAAUCAAAUCGAGAUGCAGAAAUGAUCGCUCUUUUGCUUUCCGGUGAUCAAGAAACUUUAUUAUCACUAUCUCAUCUCGUUGAUAAUUGGUUUGAAUUGGUGCCUGCUUAUGCUCUUUUCAUAAGACCAUAUGCUGCACUUUCUGAUUUGCAUGAAAUAGCCAAGACUUGUGCAAAUAUUUGUGGCUGUAAUGAUCAUCCUAUCGAUGAUAUCAUAAGCAGUUUAUUUUCGCUAGAUGCACCUCGUGCCUUGCAAAAUAUUGCUAGGGCCAGUGCAGAUUGGUGGUUGGCAGCUCAUCUAGCUGAUCUCUUGCAGAAAGCUGAUAAUCGUACUACCACAGUCUUUGGAGUUGACAUAAGACAGCAUUUACUUGUUGAUUAUGCUCUUUCCUUGUUUUCUUAUUCUGGUUUGUGGCAGAUUUCCUUUGAUUAUCUCAAAGAAUGUGGUAGUGAUGGUUUUGAGAAACUGGAAUUACUUAUACCUGCAGUGCCACUGAACAGCGAUAUCACGGCUAUUAAAUUGAACGAUCUUUGUCUCGAUUUGGGAUUAAAUCAUCUUUGUGCCGAUAUAAAUAAAGCAAUGGCAUAUAGGAUGUUGCGGCACAAAGAAUGGGGUAGCGCUCUCACUUGGGCUCUCCGUUCUGUAGAUACAUCGCUUCAUUCGGCAAUUGCAGAUUAUAUAUUGCACUUUUGUCCACCAGAAGUGAUUUCAUCAAUCGCAGUAUUAGAACAGAUGUCUGAAAUUAUGUUAAAGACACCAGCACUCGUUUUUCUUCAUGAAUAUCGCAAAUUCCAAAAUCUUUUACGAGAUGGAGACAAAACUGAGGCAGUAAAUCUAUUAGUUACACUAAUAAUCUAUGAUUUUGCACCCGACAAAUUUCGGGCGAACUUAUUUAAUGAUCUCAUUACGAUUCUGAACCUUGAUUGCGGGGUUGUGAAUAAAGAACGGACUAUGCAAGUACUUCAAUAUCUCGCGAUAAAUAGCACCAGUGAAAAGCGGCUUGAUGAGGAAAACAUGGAUAUCUUAACAAGUGAGCAAUUGCAAGUGAACAUUCUGCGACAAGCGCUCUUAAAAAAUCUUUUAACUGCGGUGAUUUCUUGA